AGGGUUCCUAGUUGACUACGGAACCCUAAAAAUAACUAGAUACACGACUGGUGCUGCCGUAAUUUAAAAACAUUGCUUAAAACAUUUCACAGAAAAUGUCUCAUCUGACUAUUUCGUAUGCUGGGGUAACCCAAGUGCCAAUUUUCAAGAAUUUGAGACGAAUUGUUUAUUGGUAGGUACAAGUAUUAUUUAUUCGUAUUUAAUACUAGGUACUAAACUAUACAGUUCCGUACAAUACAUUACCAGGCAAACCAAUUGCAGCGGCAACAAUUAGUUCCCUAGCUGUGUAAUUAAAUUUAUUUAUCAGUAUCUCGGAUCAAGAAAUGGCGCUAAGUGAUUUUACCCACGUUGUGAAUAUUAGUAUAUUGUCAGUUACAUCAGAAAUCUGGCCGGUAACGGGUGAUUGAUGUUUUUAUUGAUGGUAAUUAAAUUACUUCCAUCAACUUUGCUUUACAGAAUGUGUCUGUCCAUAUAUAUAUUAUUAAAACUAAUGUACCGUGAUGCCCGCGAUAAGUUCCGUGCAUAACAUUUGAUGCCGCAGUCACAUUAACCUCGGUCAUCAUGCCAAUCGAUGGCGAGCUCUACAACGACUUAAUUUUAUUUAAUAAUAAUUUUACCGCGGCCCAAAACUUAGCUAUCAGCGCGGCAAAAGUAGCCCUAAACAAUUUUGAAUGGAGAUAUGUAACCAUGGUUUAUCACAACACCUCCAUACUUCUCGGCUUGACAGCUUUCAUGCAAAUUUAUCGUAAAAGUGUGGUCGUCGGAAAAGGGACAUUUCUCCAUGGCGAAGAAACAUCUGCAGACAGAAUCAGGCAGUUUGUGCUAUUCGGAACAGACUUAGUUGAUUUAACGAACAUACUGGACUGGAUGCGGCUAAGGGAAUUCGACAACACCGGAAAAUUCAUUGUCAUUUGCCAUAACUGUGACAAGCGACAAGCCAUAGGCAUAUUUUGGAAUCAUAAGAUCUUAAAUGUGGUUCUUAUCAAUGAUAGCUCUGGGACCAGCAGUAUAGGUGGCUUCACAUAUUCUGUUUAUGAUGACGAGAACUGUUUGAUAAGUCCACCUGAACCACUUCAAAAUUCCUGCAUUCAUAAUUCUUGCAAAGUGUAUCCUUUGAAACUCAGAAAUUUUCACAAAUGCCAGCUAAUAGUGUCCACGUUUGAACAGGUCCCAUUUAUGUCUCUGAAGACUGGAAUCCCGAAAGGCGCUGACGGCGACCUUUUACUUAUCAUCGCUGAAUCUUUGAACGCCACAUUAAAGGUGAUGACCCCGCACCGAGGCGCUGGCUGGGGCCAGCUGGACAAGGAUGGAAAUUGGCUUGGAUCUUUGGCAGAUGUUUAUUAUGAUCUCGCUAAUUUAUCCAUGACGUCAGCGGCAAUAACUCUAUCAAGAUUUAAGGCGUUUCAUAUGUCGACAGAUUACCGUUCGAUAAACAUGGCAUGGGUCACUCAUCCCGCAAUACCACUUCCAGGUUGGCAAAAACUUCUCCGUCCAUUUCAAUUGAAAGCCAGGAUAACUUUAGCUGUUACUUUUCUGCUCAUUAUAUUAGUCGGCGCUUUCGUCAAAAGCAGUUUGUGGGAGAAAUUGAGCAAACGAUUUACAUCGGCGCGGCCUCAAACCUGUGUCCUGUUUUAUUCUUGGACUAUUUUCAUGGGAAUGCCAGCGACGUCUAUACCAUCCAAGCCGGUAUUUCUGACCAUAUUCCUCUUAUGGAUAUUCUACUGUUUUAUGAUACGGACCUUUUACCAGACUUCACUUAUACACGCCAUGAAAGAUAACUCGAACUAUCCAGAGUUUGAAAAUCUUGAAGACAUUUUAAAUUCCGGUUAUCCUUUAGGUGGCGUACCGGCUCUUAAGGAUUACUAUCUCGAUAACCCUGAAGUGUAUAACUCUUGGAAACCCAUCAACAGUACUGAGAUCAAUAACACUAUGGUUAGUUUAUCGAAGGGUAUGAAGUACGUUUUGGCGAUGAAUAAGGUUACCGCCCAGAGCUUUAUUUUAAAGCAUUACGGUGAGGUACAUAUUGUUUCUCAGAUCAUUGCGACGAGUCCAACAGUUUUGUUUUUUAAAAAAUUCUCUCCUAUGGCGGAGUCUCUGAAUCUUGUUCUAGCCCGAUUGGUAGAAGCUGGUUUUACUGAGAAAUUGUAUAAAAAUCACGCCAGUGUACACGCAGUGAAGAAGGGUGAUAGUGCGGCAGCAAUGAAUAUUGAACAGUACAUGGGGUGCUAUGUUGUGUUGGCCGCCGGGUGGAUUGUAUCGCUAUUAGUAUUUAUCUGUGAGGUAUAUUGUUAUAAAUGCCGUCUCAGUCUACAACAUAUUUGUUAAACUUUGCUUAAAUAAAUACUUAAAUAGG